CGCAAUUCUAGAAUGAACACACCAUGCGUUUGCAUGGGCUACCUGUUCGGCCAUCAUUAGAUCGCAUAAUGGAGGCUAUACAGUUCGACCCCGAGAAUAGAAAGCUGUCUCUCAUCAAGACACCAUUACCUCCAGAGCCGAAGAAAAAUGAAGUUGUGAUUCGUGUGGCAUACUCUGGCAUCUGUGGAACUGAUCUACACAUAGUCGAGGGUACAUAUCCCUGCCGUAAAAUGCCUGUCAUUUUGGGUCACGAGUUCAGUGGAGUGGUGACAUCUGUGGGAUGCGAUGUUACUCAUCUCAGACAAGGUGACAAUGUUGCUGUAGAUCCAAACAGUGGGUGCUUGACAUGUGAUGCAUGUCACAGUGGUAAUUACCACCACUGCAGUAAUGGUGGUGUUGACAAGAUCACAGGGAUAUACCAGGAUGGAGGCUGGGCAGAAUUCUGCUUGGUACCAGCUGACCAGGUGCACAAACUGCCCAAGAACAUCUCACUUCAGCAAGCUGGCCUCACAGAACCCCUGUCCUGUAUUGCUCACGGAUGGGACCGGAUCACUCCUAUUGCUGUAGGAUCUAGGAUCCUGAUCCUUGGAGCAGGAAUCAUUGGCAACCUCUGGGCCAGUAUUCUACACCUUCAGGGUCAUCGCAGGGUGACAGUCAGUGAGCCACAAGAGGCACGCAGAAAUCUGCUUGAGAAGUUAGAAACUGGAUUUGACAUCAUCACUCCAGAGGAACUUCAAACUCGCCGAGCCAAGGAUUCUAGCUGGGGCGUGGACCUGGUAAUUGAUUGUAGUGGCUAUGCCCCUGCCAUGGAGGAGGCUCUGGCACUCAUCAACCCGGGUGGAACACUGUGCAUCUUUGGAGUUUCAUCUCCCAAAGCAACAAUGAAUGUGUCCCCCUACCUUCUGUACAAGAACGAGCUGAAAAUUGUUGCUGUGAAAGUCAACCCGUUCAGCUUUCCCAAGGCUUUGGGUUGGAUUGACGCUAUGGGCUCCAGUUAUUUCAGUGAAAAGAAACAUGUCACUGUUGAUGAUGGGGUUCAUUUUUGAGAAAGAUAGUUUAACUCCUAUUGGCUCUUCAUUUUACUAUAAUAAUGGUGCAGAUAACCAGUCAAGCUGGCUGAGCAUUGCAUUUCUUAAUACCAUUGCCCCAGGGUUAAAAUAUGGCUGAUAGCCUCAUAGAACAGGGGGAUUUAAAAUCCCUUAUUCCUGAGCAAUAGAGGUUAAAUGAUUUCUGUCAUAGAAUUUGGGCCUUACAAAUUUGUUGUAAAAUCUUAUAUGGCAAUAUGAACUUGUAUUUUAAAGUCCAAAGGGGAAAAGGAAACCUCAGAGUUUAAAAUUCUGUGUGUUAGGACAGUGAUCGUUUCUUCAUGUUACAACAAUCUUUUGGCAAUAAUAAAGCCACCAAAAUUACACAUUAUAUUGCCUGAAAUAUGUUUGCUGUAUGUAUGCCUACCAGAUGUAUCUUUCUGAUAUAUCAACAAUGUGCUUGUGACUGCACUGCAUGUGCCUAAUGCAGUCACAUGCCAGAUCUACUUGUUAAUUAAGGAGGAAAGAGAAACGGCAGUGACUAUGUACAAGUUACUCACUGACUGCAAUGGUGAAAUAUAUUUUGUGUGACCUGAACUUGAAAACAUUGUAUUUGGAAUGUCACCUCUGUCUUGUUUGGUCGAAUGGAUUGAAUCAUAUUUAACACGUCCAAGCAUCUGCAUUCCACAAAGGUGACUUGCCAUAAUAUCAUUAAAUAAAAAUAAGUAGCAUGAGCAGAAUGGCCAGGGUUCAAUUCCCAGCAGGAGCAAGAGAUUCUUCUCAACUCUGUAGCAUCCAGAUCUAAUCUGGGAGCCACCAAACCUCCUAUCCAAUGGAUACUGGGGCUCUUCCAUGGGGUAAGGCUGCUAGGGAGUGAAGGUGACCACUCACCUUCACCUAGUGCCAAGAUUAAGAAUGGUGUUGCUAUACCUCCAUUUCCCCAUACAUCAUUAUGGUGUUAUGCUUAAUUAUGUAAGCACAGGGAUAGCUUUUACCUUCACAUAAGAAUGAAGGGCUCUUUAUAAGAGGGUUGAAACAGGAAAUAGUACUGCAAAAUGGAAAACAAAGGAAACUUUAUGAAUACUGUUUACAAGAAGAGACCAGCACACAGUAAUUCAGGAUAGAAUACAUAGCUAAAAUACACAUUUACUUUGUAUAUCCAGAUCAUUGUUAGCAAUCAGAUUGAUUCUUAACUGAAUUAUAAUAAUACAUACCCCAGGAACAAUUAGGUGACCAAUCUGAACUUUUGUCCAUAUUGUUCUGGCAUGUAAUUUGGUUGCCUAAUUU